AUGUGUGCGCGUGCCGGUGUGCGCGUGUGCGUGUCUCUCACGGUGUUCCGGAGGUCCUGCAGCGCUACGCUCAUCCUGGAGCUGCGAGCCGGAGAGCAGCGCGCUACGGCCGGCCCAUCCUCCCCGGGCUGUCCGCCUGUCCGCUGCCUCCGCUGGGUCGGUGUGUCCGCCGCUGCCGCUGGAACAGAACCGGGAUCGGGACCGGGAGCAGAACCGGGACCGGGAUCGGGAUCAGGACGGGUUUCUGCUCUCUCCUCUCCUCUGCCUCUCCGUGACUCCUCAGACCCCGCCCAACAUCCAACCAGCCGCUUCCUCUCACAAACAAACACACCCCGAGACACACGGGGACUGACGUCAUCACACGGCCUACGUCACCUCCUCCAGCUCCCACAUCUAUCUAUGUAUCUGUUCUGGUUCUGGUGGAUCCGGGUGCGGCUCUGCAGCAGGGAGGAUUGUAACCCAGCGGGACGCAUAAAUAUCCUGAUUGCACCUGAAGGCAUCAGGGGGAUUCCGUCAGGAGCCUCUGAGAUGAUCCAGAAGCAUAAACAGUUCUGCCCCCUGCCGGCAGAAAGGUGGAACUGCGCCGAUGGAAACCUUCAGACUGAGUCUUAAAAAUAUAUUUAAUGUUGUUC